UUAAGAGGUGACAACAACUAAUAAGUGGAAUACAUCAGUUGAGAAGUAGGUGGACUCCAGUUGAAAUUGAUUUGGUUGCAGGGGGGAAACACAUCAAUAAACUCACUACUUCCAUUUAGGAGUGGCGUGUGUUCAUUAUUACCUCAUAUGAAGUCUCACACUCCACACAUUUCAAUGACCUCUUCAGAACAAAAUACAUCACCAAGUUUGCAUUAAACUUACUUAUAUUGUGAAGACAUAACUAAUAUUGAAAAUGGCUAUCAUUGAUGGAAAUGAUGUCAAAUUAAUGAUUCAAAGCCAAUUUUUGGCAACCAUUUAGUGGCCUAAUGGUAAACUUUUAAAAUAAAUAAAUAUACUAACAAACAAAAAAAACGUUUAGAAUAAAGUGUUUGCAUAUUAGUAUAUCUAAAAACAUUAUAUUCAAUAAAGCAUGUAAAUUUACAUGAAGGGUUGUUUGAUGCAUCAGACUGGCAAGAAACUGAAGAUUCCUUACAGUGGUGACCACCACUGUCUUGAGAGAAGGAUCCAGCCAGGACCAGAAAAGAGCCAGAAGGCCUCUAUGUACACAAUACAUCAGACUGUAGUUGGUUGAGGAGAAGAAAAAAUAGAUGCUGUGGUGCAAAUCAGAAGAUGCUGGAGUUCUUUAAUAGAACAAUUCUAUGAAAUGGAGAGAAUGACAUGGCACUGACCACCUACUGGCUAUGGUUUCUGUUGAAAUGAAUGGUAGCCUAGGCCUACGUGGUGGGUAAGUAUACAUUUCCAUGAAAUACAAAUGAAAGUUUGAUUCAAGCUUGUUGAACACUGUAGUUCUGUAGUGUAUGUUCUGUUAAUCUAAUAAUCUAAAGGUUUUUUGUGUGAUGACAUACGAGUUAUUCAGAAAGCAUAUUCAAGUCUACUUUCAGAAAGAAGAAGUGAGUAACAGUAAUUGCAAAGGUGUGCAUGUGAAGGACUUUCAUGUAGCCAGGCCAAAGGGUCCUUUACGUUGCUGUAUUUAUUUCUCAUAAUAAAGUAACUGUUCUGAUUUAGAAGAACCACCUGCGAAAUCGUCAAGAACAUUGGUGUUCUAUUGGAUAGUGUUUGUGCACAUUUUUCCGAUUGGUCAAAAAGAAAUGGCGGAUUUUCCCCCAUUGGUCAUCAGCGUGACCGGUCUUUCGAGGCGCGCAUUGUUAUUACCAGCAUAACACCAAAUAUCGUUGUUAGUCUCAAAAAAAUAUUUUCCAAAUGAACUUUACAUUUUUUAUUUUCUAUGAUGGUCGAUUUAGAGCACGACAGGUAGAACUCCAUACGUUGCUGAAGGCAGAAGCACGACAGACCACCAAUCAGCCGCUAGGUCCACAUGUGUUGCUAGGAAGAUUAUGUUAAUAUAUGCAAUGCAGCCAUCUCUGCAGCUACCAUUCUGAGCAAUCUGCAACCUGGAUGGUGUCCUACUCCAGGUGUGCCAUAAUUAGGUGAGGGUGAAAAGGAACCCACAAAAACCUCCAACAGUGUCGUCAUGGAAACCAAGCAGGAGUCAUCAUCUAUGUGGAGUCAGACCUCUAGUGCUGAAUCUGGCAACGCCACUCAGGUGCACUUUGAAGGUGGCACAGUGGCCCAGAUUGUGUACAGUGGGGACCAGCAAGACAGGGGCCAGCAGCAGGUGGUGUAUACUGCAGAUGGAAGCUCUUACACUUCUGUGGAGUCAGCGGAACACACGCUGGUUUAUAUCCACCCAGUGGAUGGAACGGCACAGGCAGUGUUUGCUGACCAGCCUCAAGUGGCAUACAUCCAGCAGGAUGGAACCACCCAGCAGGUGACAGUCCUGCUUCCAAGUGGGCAAAAUAUGAACACCGCCAACCUGCAUGUCUUAAGCAAUGUAGCUGAUGGUCCUCAGGCGAUCCUGGAGCCUGUGGCACAGGGACAGAUGGAUGUUUCUCACCCUUCCAUGACGAGUGUGGGAGACUCUGCCGCCAGUCCUCUUGCGGCAACAGACUCCACGGUGGAUUCGGAAGACGACGAUGACGAUGAUGACGACGACGAUGGAAACGAUUCAGACCUUGACGACUGGGAGCCUGGACCUCCACAGCCGUUCACUCCUCAAAGCCUAUGGUGUGAAGAGUGUAACAAGGCAAACCCCUCAGUGUGUUUGAAGCAUGGUCCCUUGCACCCUAUCCCCAACCGGCCUGUCCUGUCGAGAGCUCGUGCCAGCCUGCCCCUGGUGCUCUACAUUGACCGGUUCGUCGGCGGGGUCUUCUCCAAGCGCCGCAUCCCUAAGCGCACGCAGUUUGGGCCUGUGGAGGGUCCUCUGAGGCGGCAGAACCAGCUGAAGGACUCGCACAUCCACCUUAAGAUGUACGCAGUGGACUCUGAUAAAGGUGGAGACAAAAGUGAGGACAUAUGGCUGGACCUGUCAGAUGAGGACCACAGUAACUGGAUGAUGUUUGUCCGACCGGCCCUCAAUCAUCUGGAGCAGAACCUGGUGGCCUACCAGUAUGGCUCCGAGAUCUUUUACAUCACCAUAAAGAACAUCCAGCCCAAACAGGAGCUCAAGGUGUGGUAUGCUGCUUCAUAUGCAGAGUUUGUUAGUCAGAAAAUUCAUGAUGUAACAGAAGAGGAAAGAAAAGUGUUGCGGGAGCAGGAGAAGAACUGGCCGUGCUACGAGUGCAACCGUCGCUUCAUGAGCUCUGAGCAACUCCAGCAGCACCUCAACAUGCACGACGACAAGCUGGACCUCGUCAAUAGGCCAAAGGGACGCAGUCGAGGGAGGGGUCGGAAGCGAUUUGGCACCGGCAGAAGACCGGGGCGACCACCUAAAUUCAUCCGCCUGGAGACCCCUGCAGAGAGUGUGGAGAAGACAAGGGAUAUGCUGGUGUUCCCGGGAAGUAAGCUGUCCUAUGAGGACAGGACAGAUGGAGCCCUGAAUGGGCUGAAGGUGGUGGAACUUGGGCCCGAAGCCAUUGACUCAGAGCUGGAAGGCAGGCUGGAGCCACAGACGGAGAGCGCUGAGCCCCCAGCAGAUGGGGAAAGUGACCAGACAGUGCCCCCACCAGACGACCCUCUGGAGCACCUCAAGGAGGACCCCACUCCUGUAGUCAAGCCAGACCCCCACCUCACAUCCCAGGACAUGCGGCGAGCCCGUAGGAUACGGAAUGCUGCGCUUCAGCACCUGUUCAUCAGGAAGUCGUUCCGGCCCUUUAAGUGCUCCCAGUGCGGGAAGGCCUUCCGAGACAAGGACAAGCUGGACCAGCACAUGCGCUUCCAUGGGCGCGACUCCUGCGCGCUCACCUGUCACGUCUGCAACAAGGGCUUCCUGAGCAGCGGGGCGCUGGACGACCACCUGCAGCUGCAUGCCGAGCAGCGCACCUACGCCUGCCUCUUCUGCACAGACUCCUUCGACCGACUGGACCUGCUCAAAGAUCAUGUCAGGAUCCAUAUGGUGGACGGAUGCUUCUCCUGCCCCUCUUGCAAGAAGAGCUUCACCGACUUCAUUCAGGUGAAGAAGCACGUGCGCAGCUUCCAUUCCGAGAAGAUCUUCCAGUGCACCGAGUGUGACAAGGCCUUCUGCCGGCCCGACAAGCUGCGGCUGCACAUGCUCCGCCACUCCGACCGCAAGGACUUCUUGUGCUCCGUCUGUGGCAAGCAGUUCAAGAGGAAAGAUAAACUCCGUGAGCACAUGCAGCGCAUGCACAACCCCGAGCGCGAGGCCAAGAAAGCGGACCGCAGUCACCGCUCCAAAGCCCUUAAGCAGAAGGUGCCAACCACCGACUUUGAGAGCUUCAUGUUCAAGUGUCGGCUCUGCAUGAUGGGCUUCCGUCGCCGGGGCAUGCUGGUUAACCACCUGUCCAAACGUCACCCAGAGAUGCGGAUUGAGGAGGUGCCUGAACUCACACUGCCCAUCAUUAAGCCCAACAGGGACUACUUCUGCCAGUACUGUGACAAGGUGUAUAAAAGUGCUAGUAAGAGAAAAGCACAUAUCUUGAAGAACCACCCAGGGGCGGAGCUUCCACCCAGUAUCCGCAAGCUCCGCCCAGCCGGCCCUGGAGAGCCUGACCCCAUGCUAAGCACACACACCCAGCUGACAGGCACCAUCGCCACGGCGCCCGUCUGCUGCCCACACUGUGCCAAGCAGUACAGCAGUAAAACUAAGAUGGUUCAGCACAUCCGUAAGAAGCACCCAGAGUUUGCCCAAAUGGCCAACAGUAUCCAGGCCCCCAUGGCCACGGCAGUCAUCAGCAGCACCCCUGCAGUCAUCACCACCGACAGCACCACUGCAGAGGCCGUUGUGACCACAGACCUGCUGACCCAGGCCAUGACGGAGUUGUCUCAGACUCUGGGUUCAGACUACCGGCCGGGACAGGGAGAUUACCAGCGCAUCCAGUACAUCCCUGUGUCUCAGUCAGCUGCAGGAGGCCAGCCACAGCAUAUCCAACUGCAAGUGGUGCAGGUGGCCCCGGCUUCCUCUCCCCACUCCCAGCAUUCCACGGUGGAUGUGAGUCAGCUGCACGACCCCCACGGCUACAGCCAGCACUCCAUCCAGGUGCAGCACAUCCAGGUGGGUGAGCCCACGGGCGGCUCUGUCCAGGGAGGCACACAGCAGGUAUCUGGGCAGCCUCUUAGCCCCUCCUCUCAGCAGACCACUCAAGAGCUUAGCCCCACCCAGCUGACCCCUGUGACCCUGGCACAGAGUCACACGCUACAGACCUCCUCCAAUCAGGUGCAAGGGACUGUUCAGCAUACUUAUCUACCCAGCAACUGGAACUACAGGAGUUACCCCUCAGAGAUCCAGAUGAUGGCGCUGCCUCAUGCGCAGUAUGUGAUAGCAGAGGCCAGUACCCCAGGGACUGGUGUGAACAGCGGUCAGGUGAAGACGACUCGCUAUGUGAUCUCAGAGGGCCAGGCAGAACUGGAGGGGAAGCCCAGCGGUGCGGCUGCCGGUGGGGCUCAGGGGCACCCAGAGUCGAUGGAGCAGCCGGCCACCACGCAGUACAUCAUCACCACCACUACCAACGGCUCCAACGAGGUCCACAUCACCAAACCUUGAUCUACGCACAUGGACCUACACACAAACACACGCACACACACACACAUAACGCACAGAGUGUUCCUCCCCCAGGAAACGAAUCGCAUCAAAUGCACAGAAAGACUGAGAGCCCAAACACACACCUAAACCACAUUCACAUAAGCCGUCAGACCGUUAGACUGACCGUGUCUACAGCAUGCAGCCGCUACCACAGAAAGCUCCUACCCUGAACUGAACAGAAGUGGAGAGAAGUGGACAGACACACUGACACACAGUAGCGUGGGCCUGACGUCCCUUGGACAUCCAGAGCGCUCUUAGCUCUCCAAGAAAUCCUGAGACGCAAGCUGCUAAACUGGAAGAGGGCAAAGUGGCCAGUGGAUGAGAUGGUGGUUAAACUUGCACAGCUUUGGUUGCCAGGUGACUCAUACGAUGCCAGGUAGGACUUCCAGAUGCAUCAGCAACACCCGCUUAAUGGAAUGGAUCCGGCCCUGAUCUGGUGGGGCUCUGGCAGAGCUGUUCCAAAGGCGGCUCAUCACUGGCUCUUUUGGACCUAUCCUCUGAUCCUCUGACCUGCUGUUCAUCAUUACCAGGCCCCGGGUGCUGUUGAACUCAACAUCAUGCCAAUACCAGACAACAUGUAGCACUGGCCUGUUCUCGGUUGGCAUCUUUGGGCACAAAGAAGGCAGAAGGUCUGACAGGAAGUGCAAGCUGUUUGUGGUUCCAUUCUUCCUCUUUACGAUAAUCUUAUCCUAGAUUUAAAUCCAAAAAAGACUGAUCAUGGGCAUGUUUUUUUGUUUCUGGGUAUUCGAGAGAUCACUGAGCAUUGGAAGCAAAAUGCUUGCAUGAGAGGCCAAACUUCCAUAUUUUUUUUAUAAAUGAUAACAACCAUAAAUUAUAACUCCUCCUCUGUCAAGGACCUGCAGUCGGCUGGAUGGAUGUGGAGCUUGCUCUCUGAGAAGAGUCAUGAGGAAUUCUGAUGUAGUCUCUGAUGGAGUCUUUUAGAAAUCAGUCACCACCGAUCAGACUCACACGUCCCACCCAUCAAAAGAGUAGAAGGCAGCAAACCGGCUACAAGGUUCAUCUGCACUGAUGAAAGAGAUUUUCUUUAUCACGUUGUAGUUCAUUUCAGUUUGAGUCUGAUUAAUGCUGGAUGGCAUAUUGUUUUUUUUUCCAGGGUAGUGUACACCUUGUCUUGAUAUUCUGAAAUGACUUGGUUGGAUGCACUUGACUGCUGGUGCCAUCAUCUCAUCUUCAAAUUCCCAUCCCCUUGCUACCCAAAAGGGAAACUCCUGUUGAAUAUUUAUAAGAAGAGAGUUUGUCAGAAAGGACUUGUACAAUGUAAAAAUAAGAAAUAGCUGUAUUAUGACUUUCCUGUACAGGUACUCCUGUCCUUGUUUCCAAGUGAACUCAUCCUUGUUGUAAUUUGUGUUGAAAAUUAAACAGAUGUUUUUUU